AUGACUCUCGUUCUCGCCCAAACUUCCGAACUGGAGUACGUUCCGAAAUAUCUUUUCGUUUCCGGCGAUGCGCAGGGGGCUUCAUACAAAAGUCGCCAUGUCAUGAAAGAGUUCCUGCGCAAACGAGAUACCAUUCGUCGUCAAAAACAAUUGGCUGCGAGAUCUCAAAGUCGUGUCCUUCCCUGGCUUCGUCGUGAAGAUAUGGAACAAUCAAAUCCCGAAGACAGUGGCUCUCCAGAAUCUUCGGACUCUUCAACGGUAACAACGCCACAACAGUCACAGUGGACCAGGGAGAGUCAGUCUCCUUCUUUCGAACAUCAAUUCUCCCACCGGUAUCGUGAACUUGUGGACUAUUUGCAUGGUGUUGUCAUAUGUCGAUUGUAUGAGACCGAUCAAUCCAAAAACAUCUCGUCACCUGCAACAUUGAUGGCCAAACAUCUUUUGAAACGUCCUUUACCUGCUCAUAUUUUUCUUUCCAUUUUGAGUCUCAAUCGGGAUAUCGAACUAGGUCAAUCGCCAACCUCUGAGACCAUUGGUUUGGUUCUGGGAGGAAUUCGAUUGCUAAAACAACAAAUUCAAAAUCCAAAUGAUGAUAGUAUAGCUGCCGUCAUCAGUCUUUGGAUAUAUGAGGUGACAUUGGCAAUGGAUGUUGUCCAAAGAAUGUCGAGACAUGAUCAAAUCUUAGUGUCAAGCAAUAUUCAAACUCACGUUGACGGACUUCGACGAUCCCUAAAAUGUCUUGGUGGUCCUCGAAAUCUUUCGGCGGAAACAUUGUGGUUACUUGCUUGGUAA